AUGGCAAGGCCUCUCUGGGGACCAGGAUCCGUGGGUGGUAAAGACUGGACAAGCGUGGAGGAUGCCGAUCAGACCACUCUGGGUGGUGAUCAGGGAGAGGGACUACCAGAAAUUGGCAGUUUCGUGCUCUACAAAAUAGAGCCGCCGCUAAAGGAAAAAGAGGACUUCGACACUUGGUUAGACACGGUCACCAAGAUCCUUCAGGGUCACAACCUCCACCGGUUGAUUAACAAAGAGGUUGAAAAGCCAGACAGAGACUCCGAAAAUGCAGAGAAGUGGAUGAAAAUCAGUAUGCAAGUGAGAGCAUGGCUCCGCGCUGGAUUAGAUCCCGAGAUUGCAAAGGAUAUCACGUCAACUGGCGAAAGAACCACCUGGGCAGAUGACUUUAUGCAAGUUUGCAAGAAGCAGCUACGGGGUGAAGGACACGGAGCGUUAAGCGCAGCAAUAAUACGCUUCGUGCGCACAAAAAGAGAAGAGUUCUCAACAACAACUGAGUUCAUACAGGCGAUGAAGACACGAUUCGUCACAGCAAAUGACCUCAAAGCAUCGUUCUGUGCCUAUCACGCCAUUGUGCUUAUGGUAGCGCAACUCUAUGAGAUCCCAGAGCUCCGAGGAUCCAUUGAAAUCAAAAACAACGAACUGAAAUCGAUCGUGGAUCCAGCAAUGACACUGACCACUAAUGACUUUUUCAAAUACUGUCAGGAAAUGAUCGAUAAAAUCAAAGAGAUCCGCCUUAAUGAGGGACUCGCAGCAAGCGGGACGAACCGGAACCGACAAGCAAAAUCCGACAAGAAGGACAGACUGAUGAAUGCUCCACCAAAAGGGAAAAGCAUCAAAGACCACAUAAAGGAGUGGAGGAACCACAAAGUGCAACGGUCAACAAAUGGAGCAUGUUCCUACUGUGGAACCAAUGGUCAUAAUGCCAAGGAUUGCUACCACCUCGAAUUCAAGGAGGAUAAGAGCCAACAAUUCACAGGAAAACCCUCAGAAAGGACAAAACAAGCGAAUUUCGACGCCGUCGCCACGUCAGCAACCGCUAAAGAUGAUGACAUAUACGACUUCUCAGGAGCAGCAAUUACUAAAGAAGGAGUCGCAUUAUCUGGACUAGCAAGCAACACACGGCAGCUCCGGUCAGGAAUUGAUUGGGUGCUGGACUCCGGUUCUUCAUGGCAUAUCUGCACAAACAAAGACCUUUUCGUCACCUAUACCCCUUACAAACCAGGAACAGCAACCGUUCGUCAACAGCAAGUAAUCGGCUACACGUUUAUUGCAAAGAACGUGCCAUUCAUUGAACUCGCUGAUGAACCAAACCCUAUGGAAAGCACUGACCAGCAAGCAGAAGGACUCGCCUAUGUGACAAUCCCUGCGGAGCUAGCACACAGAAGACUAGGCCACGCAGGAAGUUACAAAGGGAGAAUCAACAAAGAGAAACUGGGAUACGAUAUCGGAUCAGAGCACUUCGACUAUGAACCCUGCGGAAAAGGAAAGUCGAAGAGAAUAGUCUCUCGAACCGAGCAAGUGAGAGCAACAAAAGUCGGCCAACUCCUACACGUAGAUCUCCAUCCAGUGAAACCAAAAGGCAUAAGCAAAGAAGGCAAAAACGAUAGAGAGUAUGCGAUGGUCAUCACAGACGACGCAACACGAUUUCGCAUAGCAAUAUGCAUUGCUAAGAAAAGCGACGCCUCUCAGCACCUUCAAAAAUGGACAAAGCAAUUCAAGGAGCACGCUGGAUACAGUCCUACAGAAUGGAGACUCGACAACGGCAAGGAAUUCUCACGCUUUAUCACCUGGGCGAAGGAGCAGUCAAUGAUUAUCAGUCCCUCAGUCCCGUACGCACACGAACAGAAUGGUGUGGCAGAGUACAGUGGUCAUUAUUUGAUGCAAAUCGCGAGGACUAUGCAUAUCGACGCGAGUGCUCCAAAGGAACUAUGGACAGAGGCGAUCAACACUGCCGCCUAUAUCACAAAUCGACUCACUCGCUCAGGGGGUGAAGCACCAAUCAUCUCAUGGAGAAAAGCAAUGAACCUUCGAGGAAGUGAGGAGAUAAAUCUAUCAUUCCUCCGGGUAUGGUACUCAAAGGCAUACAUCGGAUAUCUCGUAGGAUACGAGGGUGAUAACGGUCAUUGCUACAGGAUUUAUAAUCCAGAAACCAAGAAGAUCACAAUCCAUAGAGAUGUCGUCUUCUGGGAACGAAGAAGUCCACAAACAUACGAUGGAGCAAGCGAUAUCAAAAUCGGAGAAGAAGUCAUCGAUGGACCACCAAAGAAGAAAGUCGAAUUCUCCAUUAGAGAGCCUCUAUUCAAAACAAUCAGGGAAGCCACAAGAACUCUAAAUCAGCAUGUUAACCCAGGAGAAGAGCAUUUCUCGGAGACAGAGGAAACUGAGUUAUUCUACAACACAGAGGAAGGGACCCUAGAGGAGCGACUACAACUGCUAAGAGGAAGCAGGACGCCAGAAACGCCUACACAAAUCACUCAUCAGCAAGCAUCGCCCCCAAUCACGGGGCAAGCAAGUCGACAAAUCCCAUACCAUAUCACAUACCCUACCCUACCAGAAGACCAAGCAGAAACCCCUUCUCCAACGCCUUCUCCGCUGGCACAACAGGGAAACCAAGAGCUUCAAGAACAGGAAGCUUCACAAGAAGUGACACCAAGAAAUCCAGCACGCCUUGAUCCACCAGAAAUUCUCCGUCCAACCGUCCAUCCCACCGUACAAAACGAACCCCAGAGUCCACGCCGAUCGCCGAGAACCACAAAGGGCAAAUCUCCAGAGAGAUACGGGGAUAUCACGUGGGGGAAAUACGGACGAAGAGAUGAAGGAGCACAAUGCGCUGUAGAAGAGACAGUGGCAAGUGGAGGAGACCAAGAAAUAGGACUUCUACCAAGUGAUUACUGGGGGAAUUCGCCGUUCGGUGUGGGUUUCGCCCUCUCAUCAACAGAAAGAGGACCCGAUCAAGGAUCUACGCCAGCAAGUGAUCAACUGAAGUCGUGGAGAGUCAAAAUCCCUCGUACACACGGGGAAGCAAUGAAGUCAGAAUUCAAAGAUCAAUGGCAAAGAGCAGCAGAGGUCCAAAUCGGCAAAUUAAAGGCAGCAAAUGCCUACGAGAUCGUGGAGAGACCACCACCAGGAAGCACAAUAUUACCUGGAAAGUGGGUCUUCGACCUUAAGACCGACAAAGACAACAACGUACUAGAAUUCAGAGCGAGAUGGGUUAUCUGUGGAAACCGCCAACGCCCAGGCUUUGACUUCACAGAGAACACUGCGCCAGUCGCACGUGGAGAAACGAUGAGGUUAUUCCUAAGCAUUGUGGCAAAGAAAGGAAUGAUACUCGAACAAGUGGACUACACAGCCGCAUAUCUUAAUGCAGUCAUCGACGGACGAACGAUCUACAUGAAACAACCUACUGGAUUUGAAAUCGCUGGCGAAAAUGGAGAAAUGGUAUGCCUCGUUCUACAAGCACUUUACGGGCUACGCCAGGCAGGUCAUCUAUGGUAUCAAACUAUCAUUACACAACUAAGGAGAAUGGGAUUCGAACCACUGGUCGAUGAACCCUGUAUCCUAAUCCACAAAGAGCGACAGAUAUGGCUACUUCUCUACGUCGAUGACACGCUGAUCGCAGCAAGAGAAGAGGAGCAAGUCCAAUGGUUUAAACAGACUAUUCCAUUCAAAUACAGAGAUCUCGGCAAGCCAAGCAGGUUCCUAGGAAGCAGUCUAUCACGGAACAAAAAUGGCAUUUUCCUUUGCCAGAAGGCAUAUGCAGAGGAGAUAAUCGUGAAGGCAGGCCUACAGGAAGCGACGAAGGUCUAUCUACCAAUGAAAACCUCAUACAAAUCACCGGAAAUAACCAGGAAUCCCGCCGAAAAAGACGUUCGAGAGUCGGAGGAAUUACUGACCGAUAAAUCAUCUCUUACGCCUGGUGAAACAAAGGCGUACGUGGAGGAUAUCGGAAAGUUAGGCUGGCUAACCGACAAGUCACGCCCUGAUAUUGCAGUGGCAGUCAACAAACUCCAACGAAGAGCGUCUGCACCAAGAAAAGAGGAUCAAGAAGCACUAAAACAACUCAAUCGCUAUGUGAAAGGCACAAUUGAUCUCGGGAUACUCCUCGGAAAGGAUGACACAAACCUUAUUGGCUUCGUUGACGCCUCAUAUCAAGACUGUGAGGACGGGAAAAGCACGGAAGGAUUUAUCUUUUUCUACGCAGGAGGCCCAAUCAGUUGGUCAUCGCGAAAGGAGGAUAUCGUGGCAGGAAGCAGCUCCACAGCAGAGUACAUCGCCUUUGACGCAGCAAUCAGGGAGUGCUACUGGCUACUCAAAAUACUCGAGCAAUUAGGAGAGAAACAACCACUUCCAAUCAUGCUACACACAGACAGUGAUAAUGCAGUCGCGAUAAUGAAGAGCGAUACAUACACAAAAGGAGCGAAGUGGGUCAACAGAAGAUAUCACUUUGUCAGGGACGCAGUGCGAAAUGGUAUCAUACAGUUGAUAUUAAUCGCAAGCGAAGAAAACGUUGCCGAUGCGCUUACAAAACCACUCGGAAGAGAGAUAUUUGAGCGCAUGAAUAAGGUAAUGAUGGCAAAAGAGGCUAUGCAGCAAGCAGAAGAGGUUCAGAAUAUCAACCUAGGAAAUCCUACUCAGCGAGUAGAGGAGAUCGAGACAAGUGAAGACGACGACGAACAGUCAACGCCGUAUGCAUUCAGACAUCGACGGCGUUAG